AUGCCAACCGCGACAGGUACAAUUAAUGGUGCCUUCAACAACUUCGAUGGCCAUUGGAAUGUCGAAGGCUACGACGCUGAGUUUCGUGGUAAUUUGAGCCAAAGCGUUGAAAGAUGGACUUCGCUCGUCGCUACGCUCGAAUACGACAGCAUGGAAGACCUUGCUGGCACCUAUGUGCUCGACAUUGCGGGAUUGCCAUCAUAUGUCGGUAUCACUGAUACUAGCCUCACAUUCAAAAACCAGGCCGGCAAGACCAUCAAGAUCACUGGUAAUCUCGUGAAUCCAAUCUCUCAGAGAACCACCGUCACCGGUCAAGGAGCCUGGAUCUUGAAGAUGUAG